CGCGGGCCAGUGCUUUGCCAUGUUGCUGGCGGUCUUACGUCGAGUCGGCAGUCGAUGCAACGCACCUGUCCGCCGACUGUCAUCCAAGACAGACAAGGCACAAGUUGAUGAAAAGAAACCCGUGAGCUUCUUCCUCGCCAAAGAAGACACGCUGACGACGCGCAUUAUGGGGUCCGACUGGGCCGACCGACGAGGCCAACCCAUCUCGUUCAGCAUGAAGCUGUACUGGUCAAUCUUUGGGCUAUUCAUCGUCAAUGGCAUGUAUGCACAAUACACUGGCAAUGACGAGUUUGCGUUGUACCACCAAGUCAGGCAGUCGGUCAAAGAUGCUCUCUUUGGCAAAGCACAGACGAACGAGCACGUGUUUGUGUCUCAAGUCGAAAGUGACAACAGCAAUGACACCGCAACUGUCGCCUCCGAUGAGGCCGCCAUUGCUGCUCCUGUGGUGGAACCCGCCGCCGCUGCCCCCUUGCAAGUCGACGUCCCUACCACCGUGGGACCGAUGGCAGCCCAAAAGUCUGCGGCGCCUCUCUUUGGCAUGCUCAGCCGGACGGGACGACCCGUUCUGACGAAGGAGCAACUCACGCUCGAACUCAAAGCAUUGCGCGACCAAGAGGCGAAGUGCCGACAAGAGUUGAAGGGAGGCAGUUUGCGCAACGUGGAUGUAGUAGUCUCGGAGAUUCACCAGAUCGAACGCUCGAAGGCAGAGCUAAAGCAUCGCAUCAAAGCCCUUGCAUAAUUCCAACAAAACCAACAUGUCACUCACUGUACAAUGAUCAAUUUAUGGUGCACUUGAAAGAGACCUUGUCGUAGAAUGCAGCUUACUCGUCUCUCAGGACCGGGAUUUGAAUUCUGAAAAGUGCUGCAUGAAGCCGAAAGGUGAUUGCCUACGAUUUCAUACUUACAGUUAACCAAUGAAAACACUCCUGUACAAUGAUUGAUCACAAAUCCAUGUUCUGUGCAUGAUGAAAACACUAUUGACGAUCGUCCUUG